GGCUGCGCAGGCGCGCGGCGCGGGGGGCGGGGCUGGCGGCGGCGGCGGAGGCGAUGGCGGAGGCGAUGGCGGCGCGGGGCGGCCUCGGGCCCCGGAGGGACUCCCGUCGCCGCCGGCCGCCCGACGGGACCGAGGUUAGAAAACUUGUCUGGUUUAGCAGAACAAACCUACCCUGCUGGGACUCAAGAGUGGACAAGGAGGAUGGAAGUAACAUCUGUAUACAUCUGCUCCGUGUAAAAUGCCAACCUGUCAUCCCCAGGGAGCUGCAUGGGCCCAUGGUGCACAUGUGUGCACCUUGCACCAGCAGCAGGAGGGCCAGGCAUCAGCACCCAGGAAACACUCUCAGGGUGCGGUCAACAGGGCCACUUUGCCAGGGACCAACAAAUAAAAACCUCUAGACAAGAUCAAUUCCACAUGGGUGCUAGAUGCUCUGAGGAAGCCAACAAGACUGGCAUCCUGAACCCACCUGCCAAAGGACUUGAGAAGGCAGUUCAGUUUUUUAAAAUUAGCCCUACGACUCAUAAAAAUGAUUCUCGCAAAAGGUUCACUUCUUAAGAUGUCCAUACGCAAAAUUAUGGAAGAAAAAUACCACGUUGAGAUGGCUGUAUUUUCUUCACAAAUAGAUAUUUCUUGUUGAUUUUUGUGGCACUUAGAAGAUGUCCCAGAUUAGAGAUAAUAACAGUAUUUGAUUGAUUAAACAGAAGCUUUGCACUUCACUUUGAUGCACGUACUACCCUCAGAUAUGAUACCAUUAAUAGUUUUACACUCCUUCCAGCAAAGUUCAAACCAUGGUCAUUUCGUUGAUAAUCAGCCUUCAGAUAAUAAACAGAUAUUGCUUGAUGCUGAUAUAGUAAAUAGGGUCAUACAUUUCUUGUUUUCUGUUUUGCAAGUUCGAUGGCCCAAGGCUACAAAAAAGUGCAGUGUGAAAUUGAAAAAGCAAAACUAGAGCUGAGAAUACUUCAGUCAUACUGGUGGGAAUUUGAAGUGUUAUUGAGAAAAGUAUUUCCAAAUGGCUUUUUCUUUAAUGCAUCUCUAUAUUGUAUAGAACACUCAGCCUUGUUCUCAUAUUCAGUUCAGAUGGUCACACACCCCUUAAAGUUAGAUAUUAGCAAUGUUUAGUAAACCUUUCAUCUAGGUUUAUAGACUACAACAUUUAACCUUUCUCAUAAAAGGAGAUACUUACAUUAAUGUUAGAGGCACAAACAAGCCAGAGUCUUAGAGAACCUGGGAACCCCAAGGGUGUUGUUUAUGGGAAAGGUUUGGUCAACUCCCACACAGCACAGUUGCCACCAAUAGUCAUCUAACUAAUGUCUAAAAACUAGAAAACACAAGGAAAAAGUAAAUUACCCCAAAUCCAAUCCCCAGAAGCAAACACUUAAAGACCUUCCGGACAUUGUCGCAUAGAAAAAUAUUUCCUUAAAAAAAAUUAUACUACACAGGCUCUUCUGUUGCCACUUAAGAAAGAAUUGUCCUUGUCAGUACAUACUCUGCAUUAUUUAAUGCAUAUGCAGUACAGGUUUUUAAUGUACCUGAAUUUAACCAACUGUUGCACAUUUGUUUCCAGUGUAACAAUUACAAUGCUGCAGUGAAGCAGUUAUCUUAAAAAUAUACAUGCAUGUGCGAUGUCCUGUAUACUGUCCCACUCUCAAAGUUAGAAAGUAUGUCCUAUACCUGUCUCCCAUCACUCUGAGCACAGUGCCUAGCAUGCGGUAUAUUAGCCAAGAGGACUUAAAUCAGCAGUUCUCCACUAUUGGCAGUUUUGCCACCCUGUCCAGAUGGUGUCCAGACAGACAAAAUGUCUGGAAACAUUUUUGAUUGUCAGGACUAGAGGUGGGGCACUAAUAUUUUGUAUAGAGGCCAGGGAGCUGCUAAAUAUUGUACAAUGUGCAGGACAGCCCCAACAGCAUAAGCCUGUGCAAAAUGUCAACAGCACCACUAUGGAGAAACCGUGUUUAAAAUGAUGGAACAAACUACAUUCCACUGAAUUAAGACAUUGAGAUUUUCUUGCACACAACUAGGUGGCUUGCUCAAUUAGCUUUCCUCCAAAUGGGCACUUAGGGCUUCUGUCAUUCUGUGCCUUUGCUGUCUGAGACCCAUUUGCUUUCAGAUAUUCGGACCGAAAGAAAGCUCACAAUAUCAUGCAGGAAGUUCUAUGGCCAGGAAAGAGCAUCACACUUCUGCACCCAACCACUUCCAUUAGCCAAAUCCUAGUCUUGUGACCCCCACCUAAACUGCAAGGAAGGCUGGGAAGUGUUGUCUUCUAUGUAUCUAGGAAAAGGAAAUGGGAUCGUUGGCAUCUUGCCGACUUCUGUCCUUUUUUUUUUUAUUUAUUUUAAAAACUACAAAUUAAGAUUGGAGAAUGCCAACAUAACACAAAAUUGUUAGAUAAUCUUUUUAAAUAGCAUGUUUGUGUAUAGCUGCUCAAUAGGUAUUUGUUGAAUCGUAAUUUUUAUUUUUUAAAGAUUUUAUUUGUUUGAGAGAGGGAGAGAGAAUAUGAGGUGGACUCCGCACUGGGCACAGACCCUGACGCGGGGCUCAAUGCAGCCAUGAGAUCGUGACCUGAGCUGAAACCAAGCCUAACCAACUGAGCCACUUGUGCCCCAAUAGUGUGUUUUGUUUUUGUUUUUAAGCAACCAGGUAUUUAUUGAGGGCCUGCAAUGGACCUGCUGGUUAUCUUACAUCAUCUUCCCACCCUCAGAUCUACACUCCAUCCUUCACCUUGUUCUCUGUCCCAGGACCCUGACCUGACUGGGUUGUAUAGUUUCCCUCAUACACUGGCUUCCAGGUGAAUUUGCUGAAGAGGGAAGCCCAGCGGAGGUUGAGAUUAGGCUGUUUAUUUCCCACAUUCCGCAUCAAGUUGGCUUGAGCUGGCGAAGUAACUAACCUGUCCUGCACAACCUUCUCCAACCGGGGUCUUGCCAGCUUGCCUUCCUCUCUUCUCUUUGGACCUAGGCUCCUCCAUUAUCCACACAUCCUGCCUACACCUUUGUGAGUAGUACAUUUAAAAACCAACUCGCUCAGAUGACCCUGAUUUGAGGGUGCUGCUUCAGUUGCAACCCUAGCUGGUAUUAUGGACAUGAAAACCCGAUGGGAACAGUGGGAAACGUUUUUGUUUUCUUUCAAAUACAAUACUAUGUCUGCCCUAAAAAAAAAAAAAAACUUACAAGUAUCUAGGAUACCCAAGCCAGGCAUGAGUGGAAUUAGUGAGAAAUACAGCCGAUAUUGAGAGAAGAGGUCCCCAUGUGCUUAGAUAGCUAGGAAAGAUGUCUUGUGUGGAGUGGAUAAGAAGUAAUUCUCAGGGAGAUCACAGAUGAGCGGCGUGAGGUCAGAAGGCUGGUGUUGCUGAAUAGAAAGUUGCACAUUUUAGAUAUUAAGUCAUUGAUUAUUUGAUACAAGUAAAAAUGGGGAACAAUGCAAAAUAAAUAGGUUCUGUUUAGUGUAUGAAAAUCUUGGAUCCCCACCAGAGCAGACUGUUGCAUUUGAGGUAUAGAAUCAUCCUGUAGCUGUGGGAAUUGGAGAAAAUAGCCUGUUAGCUAUUUAAAAUGAAGUGGUUUGUGACAACCUGGUUGCAGGAUUAACUGCGGCAUCAUUUAUGUCAUGGACUUUGAAGUAUGUGGAAAUAAAGUCGUCAUUGUGAGUAGUAUUGACCGUUUGAUGUGAAGCACUAAACAGCAUUAACCUGCCAAGAAAUUCAAACACAUUUGUUUAUAGUAAUUAAAAUGAACGAGUUCAGCAUUCAAAUUUGGGGGAAGAAUUAUGCCCCAUCGGCUGCUACUAUCGCUUCAUGGUAGCCACCUUGAUCAGAUGGGCUACAUUUAAUUUCUCUCUGUGUUCACGGGCACCAGCCACAGGAAGUACAUGCUGAAGCAAGAGAGCCCUGGAAUUUGGAAGAUUCCCUACAAAUUGGGGCCACUCGCCUUUGCAGGAAAGCUCCCCCUUAGGGGGAAGCACCAGGUGUUGUGUAGGAAGGACGCAAUCAUGUACUGUCAUCUUCAGGAGAAGAAAAGCCGCCGAUACCAUCUUAGGCGCUUGACUCCAACUCGUAUACCGAAUGUAAGCCCCCGUGGAAAGCUGAGAACCCACUCCAGGGAAGCGCUCGUGGAGAGAAGGACCGGUGCCGGUACCGAGGACAGCACCCGGCCCCGCGCCCAGGUGGGCGAGGCGGCAGCACCGUGGACAGCACCAGCGCGCUCUGCGGGGAGAGGCGGGGAGAGGCGGGGAGAGGCGACCUCAUCAGCUGACGCCUGACGUAGGCUGGAUCCCCACUUCGAGCAGGCAGGCAGGUCCGGAUGGGCGCGCCCGCGCCGCGGCCCCAGACGGGGAGGGGCUGGCGGGGAGGGGGCGAUAGCGGAAGGCAGGCCCCACCAAGCGCGGCCCUCCGUGGCCCCCCGGGCUCGGAGUUGCGGCUGCAGCCCGCCGCCCCGGGAGCCGCGCGGGUAGGGAGGCGACGAGGCGAGAGUACUGCUCUGACGCACCGGCGCCCGGACGCUCCAGGGGCGCCCAGCUGCCGCCCGCCCUGGGCACCGCGACCACCGUCGCUGCCGCGGGGGAAGCCUGGGCAUGACAGCCUAGGAGGGCCCUGGCCGCCAGACGCAGCCCAGCUUUCUCCGCCCUGCCACGCCGGCUCCCACGUCCGUCCGCUGCCCGGCGGGAGGCGGGGGCCAGUCUGGUGGGCAGUGCCCAGGAGCCCGGCCACCAGGCGGAGGCUGCACACUCCGGGGUGGCUGUGCGCGCCGGGGCCAGCGUCUCCCUGAACGCCCCCUCUGCACAGCCCCUGGGCUGGCCUCCCGACCCGACGAUGGAUUCGCCCGUGAACCUCACCCGCUUUUCCCUCUUCACCCCGGCCCCUUCGGAGACCAACCUCAGCAGCCUCGGCACCGGCGCCGGCUCGGAAGCCCCGCGCCCCAGCCCGCCGCUCCUCUCCGUCUUCCGUGUGCUUGUGCUGACCUUGCUGGGCUGCCUGGUGGCCGCGACCUUCUCCUGGAACCUCCUGGUGCUGGCCACCAUUCUCCGCGUGCGCACCUUCCACCGUGUUCCGCACAACCUCGUGGCGUCCAUGGCCAUCUCGGACGUGCUGGUCGCGGCUCUGGUCAUGCCGCUGAGCCUGGUGCACGAGCUGUCCGGCCGCCGCUGGCAGCUGGGCCGCCGGCUCUGCCAGCUGUGGAUCGCGUGCGACGUGCUCUGCUGCACCGCCAGCAUCUGGAAUGUGACGGCCAUCGCGCUGGACCGCUACUGGUCCAUCACCCGCCACCUGGAAUACACGCUCCGCGCCCGCAGGCGCGUCUCCAAUGUUAUGAUCCUGCUCACCUGGGCGCUCUCCGCGGUGAUCUCCCUGGCGCCGCUGCUCUUCGGCUGGGGGGAGACCUACUCCGAGGGCAGCGAGGAGUGCCAGGUGAGCCGCGAGCCCUCCUACACCGUGUUCUCCACCGUGGGCGCCUUCUACCUGCCGCUCUGCGUGGUGCUUUUCGUGUACUGGAAGAUCUACAAGGCCGCCAAGGUGCGCGUGGGCUCCAGGAAGACCAACAGCGUCUCGCCCUUAACGGAGGCUGUGGAGGCAAAGACCUCUACUCAGCAGCCCCAGAUGGUGUUCACUGUCCGCCACACCACCGUCACCUUCCAGACAGAAGGGGACACGUGGAGGGAACAGAAAGACCAGAAAGCUGCCCUGAUGGUGGGCAUCCUCAUUGGGGUGUUUGCACUCUGCUGGAUCCCCUUCUUCACCACAGAGCUCAUCAGCCCCCUCUGCUCCUGUGACAUCCCCGCCAUCUGGAAGAGCAUCUUCCUUUGGCUCGGCUACUCCAACUCCUUCUUUAACCCCCUGAUCUAUACAGCAUUCAACAAGAACUACAAUAGCGCCUUCAAGAAUUUCUUUUCUAGGCAACACUGAGAAUGGCACCUGGGCAUAAGAAUGAGUAACUCAGUGAAAUUUCCAAUUCCAUCCACUUCCCCAUCCCUACACAGCACCACAUGAAAAAGGCAAGCCCAUGAAGUUUUCCAGGGUUGCCUUCAGAACUGGCCCUCACCUCCAUACUCCUAGGUAGGGAUGUGGUUCUUCACAGUCCAAUUUUGGCAACCUUAUUGAUCUAAAUUACCUAUUAUUUCUCACUUGGCACCUAACAGCCACAGACCUUUGCCCACAAAGUACCCAUUCCACCCCCAAAUCCACUCCAGCGUGGUCAUUGUCCUUGCCCCAGAGAAGUCAAACAAGGCAGAUGAGAGGGAAGAAAUCAAGCAACAUGAACAGGUUGAGAAUGGAUAGAAAAUGUUGAGGAAGAAGUCAGAAUGGGGUAGGAAAACCGUAAUUCCCAGUUUUCUGGAAUAGUCCUUAUUUUGAAAUGCCAUUCUAUGGUCCUGGUGAGUAUAACCUAGUACUUAUUGUGUAUGUUCCAAUGUUUGGCUACAAAAUAUUGUCUCUAAACCUAUUAAAGUACAUAGUCACAGCUGCAAGACCAGUGAAUAUUGGCUUUGUUUGUGGCAACCAUGCUCGUGCGUGCACGUGCACACACACACACACACACACACCAAUGAAAGUGGUGAAUGUCCCCAUUGGCUAGUUUAUUCUAAAACUCAACCCAUCGACUUGGAACAGGAACUAAAAAUCAAGUCAAAUACCUCCUUCCAUUCUGAAGCAACUACAUAUGAACAAUACUUAAAUCCAGUGGUUUCAUAGAAUCUGCCAAACGUGCUUAUUUUCUAUGGGUUUUAUUUGUAUGGAAUUUAUUCAGCUGUUGCAGGACAAAGACUCUGUCCUUGGAUCAUGGGAUUAGAGGAAAACAGUUGUCAUGACGUGGAUGAUUUACCUCAGUAGAGUUUCAUAACCAAGGGCUGUAAAGCUACACUCACCAAACACGUACACUUUAGAGGGACAGUUGGCUAAUUUGCUGUCUUUUUAUUGGUGUGUGAACCGCUGCUAUGAGGUCAACACUAGCAACUAGUGAGCCUCCGUUCCUUACAAUGUGACCCUUCUGUGUAAAUGAGUCAAGGCAAUAAAGUGAUAGUACAGUGUUGAUAUGAUCAUAUAAAAU